CCAUGUUGGAAUCGGGAAUUAGGAGCACUUCGAUCUCGUGGAGUGGUCUGAGCCCCUCUCCCGCCACCCCUGUGCCUGUCCUGGGUGGUCCUUGGCUUUCACUCCCAUCUCCAACCCCUCCUGGCGACCUCCUGCUCUCCUGGCUCCACAGAGCAGCACAUCUGACGGCCCCAUCGUCUACUCCUGGGAGAAUUCUGCUCCAAAGUAUUAAAAAUAUGCACAGCUCGUUAAUUAUACACAUGCACAGUAGGGCAGAAUUCCCCCAGGAGUAAUAGUCCGUGCACCGGGGAGGUUACCCAGUAUUUACAGUGCUUCAGGUGUCUGCACCGUGGGGACGGGGAUGCAAGUUCCAGCACACGUGUUGGUGGGGGUGAAACCAGCCCCACGGCUGCAAGUCUGUACGUUGCUACCUGAACUGUUUUAUUUUUUUAAGGCUGCAUUUACACUAACCGAAACGUGCCGUUUCCUUUUCUUGUCUUGGGAAGAGGGAAUCUCUUGUAGGUGCCACGGAUAUGGAGCUGGUCUCAGCGCUCACAAAGGGUAUGGAGACCGUCUCAGCGCUCAUGAAGGAUAUGGAGUCCAUCUCAGUGCUCAUGGAAGCUCUGGAUCUAAGCUCGGACCCAAAGGAAUUCUUCGAUGGCUCCAUAAAGGUGUUUGAGGAGUUCAUGGAUCUUUUCAAAGACAAAGGACAGGCUGAAGUGGCUUCCAUAGCGCAGGCGGAGCUGGAGUCGUUCAAAUCCACCAUGCUCGACAUCGCAGUCACGGGGGAGACGGGUGCCGGGAAAUCGUCCUUCAUCAAUGCCCUCCGGGGACUGACUGCUGAGGAUGACGGGGCUGCCCCAACUGGGGUGACAGAAAUGACAACGGAGCCGACUGUUUAUCCCUAUCCAAACCACCCCAACGUGAGGCUAUGGGACCUGCCCGGCAUUGGCGCCCCAGAUUUCCAGCCAAACACAUACCUGCGGCAGGUGAAGUUCAAAAGCUAUGACUUCUUCGUGAUCAUCGCUUCGGAGCGCUUCAAAUGCAACCACGUGGCCCUGGCCUGGGAGAUCGAGAGGAUGGGGAAGAGGUUCUAUUUUGUGCGCUCCAAGGUGGAUGAAGACUUGCGCAACGAAGAAAGGGAUCACCCUAGAACGUUCAGUCAGGAGAGCGUCCUGGAGCGACUCAGGAUGGACUGCAGGAAACACCUGCAAAAGAUAGGGAUGAGCAACCCAGAGAUUUUCCUUCUCUCCAGCUGUGAAUUCACUAAGUAUGAUGCUCCUGGUCUGGUCAAGACUUUGCAGGAUGAUCUCCAAGGUCUGCAGAGACUUGCCUUUCUGCUCAGUCUGCCAAACCUGUCUGCAGAAAUCAUAGAGGAGAAGAAAGCUGCCCUGCAGAAGCUGAUAUGGCUAAUCUCUCUCGCAUCGGCUUUAGUCAAUGUCAUUCCAAUCCCGCGGCUCUCUGUUGCUUGUGAUAUUAGCAUCCUGCUAGGAUCCAUGAUUGCCUUCUACAAGCACUUCGGCCUAGAUGAGGGCUCCUUGGCUAAUCUGGCCAGGCAGACUGGGAAACCGAUAGCAGAGUUGAAGGCCGUUAUCAGAUCUCCUGGGGCAAAAGAAAUAAACAGAGAUUUUGUAAUCAAAAUGCUGCUAAAGGAGGGUGUACCUACAUUAACUGCAACUCUACCAGCGCUUGGUCAACUGUUAACUGCGGGAAUCUCUUUUUUAACCACCUACUUCAUGCUGUCGAAAUUUCUCAGUGAAGUGGCUGAAGAUGCCAGAAGGGUUCGGAAGACUGCUUUGAAGGAAGACGGGAAAAAGCGUAAAUGAUCAGCAGACCUGUUCAUGAAUAAGAGACCCAAUCCCAGCUGGAGAUUGGGCCACCUCACCCCCAAAUGUUAAAAAUCAAGCCGAAAAGAAGCGGCUCUUUCAUUCUUUAAUUUCCCCCGGUGAGUCGGGUUUCUAGUCUUUCUGUCGGACUUGUUAGGAUAGCCAAACCAUUUGUCUAAAACGGGAAAACCAACAAAAUACACCAAGAUCCUCAACUGCUGUAAAUCAGUGUCGCAACCAACCUUGCCGUCAGCUGCUGUCUCUUUCGUACCCGGCCUGCACGACCAUCCAGCCCCUGCCUACAGCAGACUCUGUGCACCUUCUAAACCACGCCUUUGAUCUGAAGAAGUGCAGACCAUGGCUAGUUUGUGUGCUAGCAGCCGGGUUACAGAUGAAUGAGGGUGCUGGAACAAGCAUUUCCCAGCAAUGUCACUGCAAGCAUUCAGAAAUCACCACUCAGGCCCCUCAAAAUCAUGAGAUUUUUAAAAAUGUUUGGUUUUUUUUUUCAUUUGCCUCCUGUUUUGAGGGUUUGCUGGUCACCGUGUGCUGCUGUUCUGCACAGCCCCUGAAAACCAGGGCCAGAAACUUCUUUUUUUAAAUAAAACCUGAGUCUCCCAUGACCACAUGACGCCAGGAAGCUUUACAGGGAAGUACCAAUAACUGCAGGAAUCACAAGAGUUUGCAACGCUCAUAUAGCGACUGUAACCAAGCUGUGUUUUGCAUCAGGUGAUCCGAGGAGCAAUUUAAUCAUAGCAUGAUCCCAACAGCCCGGGUGAGCCCUUGGACAAUCCAGCAGAUUGCUAUGAGUUGGAUAUAGAAGCUAAAUUCUAUGUCGGUGGUUUUCAACCUUUUUUUCUGGUGACCCCGUUGAAGAGCAUUGUUGAUGCCCGCGACCCAACGGAGCUGGGGAU